AAAACGUCAGCUGUUGGCUGUCAAAAUUUAACUAAACCCGUACGCCGAAACCGAAACCGUGUUCGAUGUUUUGUUGGCAUAACCAACAAUUGCAUUUAUAUGAACCGACGAUUUUUGUAACAAAAGAUGACUAAAUUAGACGAUCUCGUAGAAAGCGUAACGCUGUAUACUACAAUAAGAACAUUAUUUCACGGAUAUAAUCUCCCAUUCAUUCUAAUUUAUUCUGUAUGGAUAUAUACUUGGUGCGGUGUUUACGGUUUCGCAGAGUUCUAUGAAGGGGGUUUCGUCGGGGUCGCCGGCAUUGGAUGUGUACAAAUCUUAUGCUGUUUGUGUUGUCACUGGUCAAUUCAUGUGAAAUGUUUCUUUACAUGUAAAUGGGAGAAGGAUAUUUCAAAAGCUACCGUUGUCAAAGUGGUUCCAACUGCAAAUAAUGGGUCGGCUGAAUUAUUACGAUUGCAUCAUUCAAAAAUUAAAGAUGGCGACGGGAUUCGGACCUGGUUCAUAUUUCAAAAAACCAAAUACAUUUACUCGUACGAUAAAAAAAUCUUCCAAGGACUUGAAUUUCCGACCGACAAAUUUCUUGGAGAAUACGUGAACUGGAAGGGUUACCAAGAGGACGAGGACAUCCAACAAGCAGAGGAUUUGUAUGGCAAAAAUCAGCUCGAUAUGGUGAUACCCGAGUUUCUGGAAUUAUUUAAGGAAAGGGCGACCGCGCCGUUUUUUGUAUUUCAAGUCUUUUGCGUAGCGCUGUGGUGCUUAGAUAAAUAUUGGUAUUACUCGAUAUUUACCCUAGUAAUGUUGAUAUUGUUCGAGUGCACGUUAGUUCAACAGCAAUUGAGGAAUAUGUCGGAAAUUCUUAAAAUGGGCACAAAACCUUAUAAUAUACUUGUUUACCGAAAUCGUCGAUGGCGUUCGAUGUUAACAGAUCAGUUAAUUCCAGGCGAUAUAGUGUCAAUUACGAGAUCUCAGCACGAUAACUUAAUUCCAUGUGACGUGCUUUUGUUGCGUGGUCCGUGUAUUGUUGACGAAAGUAUGCUAACUGGCGAGUCCGUGCCACAGAUGAAGGAGCCGAUAGAAUCUGCUGAACAGCAGAAAAUACUUGACCUCGAAGCUGACGGGAAGCUACAUAUUUUGUUUGGGGGUACUAAAGUGGUUCAACAUACUCCACCUUCUAAAACGGUCAGCGGAUUGAGAGCUCAAGAUAACGGUUGCUUGGCAUAUGUACUGCGUACCGGGUUUAAUACAUCGCAAGGCAAACUUUUGAGGACUAUACUUUUUGGCGUGAAAAGAGUAACGGCUAACAAUCGGGAGACAUUCGGAUUUAUUUCGUUUCUAUUGAUUUUCGCCGUUGCCGCCGCCGUUUAUGUGUGGCAGAAAGGUUCCGAAGACCCCGACCGUAACCGAUAUAAAUUAUUCCUGGAGUGCACCCUUAUUAUUACAUCCGUGAUACCCCCAGAGUUACCAAUUGAAUUAUCUUUGGCUGUUAACACAUCUUUACUAUCGCUCUCAAAACUGGGAGUUUACUGCACGGAACCGUUCAGAAUCCCAUUCGCUGGCAAAAUCGAAAUAUGUUGCUUUGACAAAACUGGCACGUUGACAAGCGACAAUUUGGUGGUGGAGGGUGUGGCCUUGGCUAAAAACGGUUGUCAGGUGACGCCCAUAUCGGACAUACCGAUCGAGUCAGCGCAAGUACUAGCCACCUGUCACUCUCUGGCGCAUGUUGAUGACGGUUUAGUGGGCGAUCCCCUCGAAAAAGCGACCUUGCUCGCGGUAGACUGGAACCUAACAAAAUCCGACGCGGUAAUUCCCAGAAAAGGGAAGUCGCCCGCAUUUAAAAUUUUCCAACGCAAUCACUUUUCGUCCGCCCUCAAAAGAAUGUCGGUGAUAUGCGGUUACAGCACAGUAGGAUCGACCGAAACUAUUUAUGUUGUCACUGUAAAGGGGGCGCCGGAAACUUUGAAGAGCAUGUUUUGCGACGCUCCAAGCAACUACGACAAUGUGUACUUGGAGUUAUCUCGCAGAGGAGCCAGGGUUUUAGCUUUGGGUUGGCGAGAAAUAGGCAAAUUGAGUCCGCAAGAACUUCGGGAGUUAAAUCGAGAAGCAGUAGAGACCGACUUAAAGUUUGCAGGAUUCGUUAUUAUUUCAUGCCCAUUAAAAUUGGACUCGAAGAAUGUGAUUAAGGAAGUUAUUAACGCUUCUCAUCGUGUAGUUAUGAUUACUGGUGAUAAUCCUUUAACCGCAUGUCAUGUAGCAAAAGAGCUCAAAUUUUGUGUAAAUCCAAUUUUAGUAUUAACGGAAGUGGAUGAUAAAUGGCUGUGGGAAAGUAUAAAUCAAGAGGAAAGAUACAAGAUAGAAGAUAGUGUAAUUGCAAAGUACGACCUGUGCAUAACCGGUGAUAGUUUAAAUUAUUUACGUGAACAUUACAAUACAUUCCUAAAUAAAAUUUUACCUCGUAUAGCAGUAUUCGCACGAUUCGCACCGAAACAAAAAGAAUUUGUUAUAGUUCAACUUAAAUCGUUAGGACAUACUACUUUAAUGUGCGGGGACGGCACUAACGACGUGGGCGCUUUAAAACACGCGGACGUCGGCGUCGCGAUACUCGCAAACGCGCCCGAACGCAUGCCGGAAAGGAAGGACGCCCGAGAAAGGCUUGAGAAAGAAAAAGAGAAGGAGAAGAGGUUGAGGGAACAUCCCGGUCCGAGGAAUCGAUCGAAUCAUGCCCUUAGAAACGCGGAAAAUAAUUUAGCGAAUAUUCAAUCCAAUUUGCAAAGGAUCAUGAAAGAGAUUGAGGAGCAGGAUCAAAAUCAAGUCGUCAAGUUGGGCGAUGCCAGUAUUGCGUCACCGUUUACCAGUAAAUUAUCUUCAAUCUUAUGCAGUAAGUAUUGUUUUUUGCCUAUUUGAAAUUAGUAGAUAUAC